AUGACAACCAAAACCAACAGCAGUGUUCUGGGAUGUAAGGCUGGCUCUCCAUUGCUCUCAUCACCACUCCGUCAUCGCUUGGUUACCAAAGACGGACAGUGCACCCUUCAUCACACACUGCCCCCUGCCGGCUGGUGGUGUGGCACUUCAUGCCGAGUGUGGCUGGUGGUGCUGCAGGAUGUGUGGGGAUUGGUGGUGAGUCUGCGGUGGAGAUGGGUCCUACUGAUCUUCUGUUUGUCCUUUCUGGCCCACUGGCUGCUUUUUGCCUGCCUCUGGUAUCUCCUGGCCCACCUCAAUGGAGACCUAGAAGUGCAUGACCAUGACAUCCUCCCACAGGGGCAUGUGGUUUGUGUGAAGCACAUUACCAGCUUUUCUGCUGCCUUCUCCUUCUCAUUAGAGACACAGCUGACCAUUGGCUAUGGCACCAUGUAUCCCAGCGGGGAAUGUCCCACUGCCAUCGCACUGCUAGCUGUGCAGAUGCUACUGGGGCUCAUGCUGGAAGCAUUCAUUACAGGUGCAUUUGUAGCCAAGAUUGCACGUCCUCCAAAACGAGCAGGAGCCAUUCAGUUUAGUCCCCAAGCAGUGGUGGGCCAACACCAGAGUCAGACGUGCCUCAUGCUGCGAGCUACCAACCUCCUGAACCGACCUCUGGUAGAUGUGAAGGUGAGUGCUGUGCUGUAUGAGGAAGAUGAAGGCCAGACCCUGCAUCAGACAUCCUUGGAGUUCCACUUGGAUCAUUUAGGCCAGCAGCCUUGUCCCUUCUUCAUUUUCCCACUCACUUUUUACCAUCCCCUGGACCGCCAAAGCCCGCUCUAUCCAACCCUGUGUGAGGGCACAUCCAACCACUUUGAGCUGGUAGUGUUCCUGUCUGCCUUACAGCAGGGAAGCGGAGCCUUCUGCCAAAAGAAGACCUCCUACCUCCGUCAAGAAAUCCAGUUUGACCGUCGCUUUGUGCCUGCUUUGGAGCUGGAUGGUCAGGGGAGGUACAUGGUGAACAGGCGGCACUUUGACACAGCCCACUCAAAGGGUCCUUUGGCAAAAGACUGUGUCGUGCAGAUCAACGGAGAUGGCAGUGACAGAAUGUAACACUGCCACA